CCCCGUCACCCUCCGCACGACGGUCUUCCAAGAAAAUGCAGCCAAGACCAUCAUCUCCUCGGAAGGUUCUCCCUUCCCCUCGCCUCCUCCAGCCACGGCCCCUGAAAGUGUCGUCAGGACGGACAGAGGAUAACAAAGCGACAGACACGCGCCGAACAGACGAGCAAUAUCCGAGAGUGAGCUCUCGUCUAUCUCCUACACCCUCAACUCUUCCCUAUUCGGACACGAUAGGCACCAGUAACAACAGUACUAUUACGCCUCCAAUCCCAUUCACACAGGCAACAGCGGACAGGAUAGCCAGAGACGAAUUCCUCCUGGUGUCGAAGCGCAAGGGCAUGACGUACCGCGAGAUCAGGGCAGCUGGGGGGUUCACAGAGGCAGAGAGCACGCUGCGAGGGCGGUACAGGACGUUGACGAAGAGUCGAGAGGAGAGGGUUCGCAAACCUGAGUGGAGCGAGAAGGAUAUCGAGCUCCUCAAAAAGGCUGUGCGCAAGUUCACCAGGGGCAUGGGACCCGAGGCGGCCAAGGUGCCUUGGAAGCAGGUGGCGGAAUAUAUCCAUCAGAAAGGGGGGUCGUAUUUGUUUGGGAAUGCGACGUGUCGGAAGAAGUGGGACGAGUUGGCAGUGGCUGAGCGGUAGAGAAACGCAAGAUGACGACGGUGGAAUUGUUAUUCGUUUUUUGUCUUCUUUUCUUUUCGUUUCCUUUCUUUUUUUCUUUUUCCUACGCAACUUGGGUUAUAACGAGUGAGCAUAUGAAGAGCGCGACGGGGCUAGGGUGGCG